UACUACAAGAGGGCGGAUAACAGACGAGUUUCCUCUAUUCUUUUCUGAAAACCCAAAUUUUGCUCAACUUUGCGAUAUUGGUUUCUAAACAACAGAAAUUCUUUGUUAAUCUUUAGCAUCACUCGGCAUGAAAACGUCAAAUGUGCCUGAGUUCCAAGGACGUUCACGCUGCUGCCUGCCGUCAAUUUGGUAUCACUACAAACAGCUGAGUACGUGACGUCAGAGACAGUCGCCAAACAUACAAGGGUGACUUGACGUAUGCUUGGGGUGUAGAAGAAACCAAUUUUUUACCUUUGUAUUGUGCAUAAUUUGGAAGAUCAGAGCAUCUUUGUGAAACAGGACGAAAAUCUGCAAGUCUUAAAAUGAGCGAGUUAAGCCAGGAAGAGAUACGAAAAAGACGUUUGGCAAGGUUAGCAGCAAUUGAUACUGCUGCUGCAGCUGCACCUUCUACAUCAGGGCAGCUGGCGCCUCCUUCUCCUAGUAAUGCAGUACCUUCUUCACCUUCUACUCCUGGACCAUCAAACUCAAAUCAUGAGAUAGCUACUCCACCACCUUUAGGUACCCAGAAAAGUGAUUCUCAAAGUACAGACACUUCUUCACAAAUGGAAAUUGAUGAUGCACCAUGUGAGAAGAAUUCCCUUGUAUCUCAGGUGGAUGUAGAUUCUGGUAUUGAAAAUAUGGAAGUGGAAGACAGUGACAGAAAAGAGGCAGGUGCAAGACAUAGAACUUCAAGCUCAUGUACAGAAGUUAGUGAGGACCAAGUACAGGCUACAGUAUCAAGAGUUCUAUGUGUAUCCUGGAAAGAGAAAACUGAAGGAUCAAUAUUUCUUUCAGAAACUGCAUCUGCCGUUAGGGAUUCUGUGCAAGAAGGUCAAAGUUCGUUUGAUGCUCAGGCUUUAAUAGAGGUGUUGUCAAUGUUUAAUCGUGGGGAAAAUCCUCUGCAAGAGGUGACAAUAGGAGUGUCUGUUGGUGGCAGUUCGACUCCGAUUGAUGCUCUAGAUAGCCCUACCAGUCCACAGCUAACACCCAGUCUGUCCCCGGUGGCUGCGCUGCCACUUCCAACCACUGGGGUUCUGGGUGGAGCACCGCCUGCAGAUGGUCAACAGAGUGUGAUGUCUCGCAGUUUAGGAUACUUAGCUGACUGUUAUGCACGUGUAGCUGUUGAGGAGCGCAACCAUCCAAAGCGAUGCAGUAUCCCUCCUUUGAGUGAGGUGUUGGCAGACAUUCGGGCACAAUGUGUACAGUAUGCAGCCCUGGUACUGCAGGCAUCUUUGAGCGAGGAGGAUGCUCCUCGUGUGUCCCCUCUUUUGGCUCCUGUCCUCAAUCAGUCUUUGCCCAGGGGAUUUCUGCCUGAACUUGUGGCAAGAACAUUCUCUAGUAGCUUGGAAUCAUUUAGUAGGGUUUUCAGUCCAUUACUCCAAGGACUUUUUCUUACAAUGCAGUCAUCCUCUAUUGUUGGAAAUACCCAUAGGCAACCUAUUCAAGCCCUUAGUGAUCUGGUGGAGAUACGGUGUGGACCCUCGGGUAAUGUUAGACCUAUAUGCAAGCUUCUAACACAGCAGGUUCAGUUCCUGCCUGAUCUUGUAACAGAUGCAAUGGGUCGCGAAAUGGCUCGCACAUCAUUUCUUGGACCAUUCCUCUCUGUAUCUGUAUUCGCAGAGGAUGAACCAAAAGUUGCAGAAAAAUAUUUCUCAGGAAAUCCAGUUGCUGACAAGUCACUGAAUCAAACUCUCCAACAGGAGUUAGAAAAUACAAGAAUCCUGCUACACAAAGUUUUUCAUGAUGUUUUAGUAUGCUCAGCUUCUCGUAAAUCAAUGUUGACAUAUUUGUCAGCUCUGCUACAUAUUAAUGAAAAACGUGCCCAAAUCCAAGUAGAAGAGCGUGCUCUUGCUGGAGAUGGUUUCAUGUUGAAUUUGCUCUCUGUGAUGCAAAUGCUUGCUGUGAAGGUAAAAUUGGAUAAAGUUGAUCCUUAUUACCCAUUCCAUCCAUCAAGUAAAGUUGAAGUGAAACAAAGAAAUGAAACUCGAUUGAAGUUUACUUCUCAGGAGGCUGGUAUUUGGUUUGAUGAGCUAAAUCGCUCAAUACUUGGAAACUCCAGUUCGUGGAAAGAAGUGAAAUUUCCCACUCACUGCUGGUUUCUGACUCUUCAUUGUCAUCAUCUGGCAUUGUUACCCACAUGUCAAAAGUAUCAACGUCGCUUACGCGCCCUUAGAGAUCUUCAGAAACUGGUAGAUGAAAUGCAAGCCUCCGAAGCUCAAUGGAGAGAAACAGCUUUUGCAGCUCGGAACAAGGAACUGAUGAAGCGAUGGCGUCAACAAAUGCGCAAACUUUCACGAGGCAAGGCCUGUGCUGAUGCAGGGUUACUGGAUGAAGCUCUUUUACGUCGAGCCCUGGUUUUUUAUACCUCGGUGGCUGACUUCCUGCUUGGUUUGCUGACAUCUCCUGUGCAUAAUCCUGCAGUUGCUGGAGCAAGUUCGGCCACAUCUGUGUCCUCUGCUCCUUCUCUGCUGCCUACCGACGCACCUGCCCUCUUUUCAGCUCUUCCAGAGUGGUAUGUCGAGGACAUUGCCGAGUUCCUGCUUUUCACACUACAGUUUUGUCCUGCAGUUGUUGCUGAUUGUACAGAAGAUUCACUUAUCACUUGGCUCCUGGUAGCUGUGUGUUGUCCACAGUUUAUUAAAAAUCCAUACCUAGUAGCAAAGAUGAUUGAAGUUCUUUUUGUUAUCAACCCAAGUAUCCAGGCUCGCACAGAACAGUUACAUUCUCGAGUCAUGGCACAUCCAAUCUGUCAAAUUCAUCUGCCAUCUUGCCUCAUGAAGUUCUAUACAGAUGUUGAAACAACAGGUUCAAGUUCAGAAUUUUAUGAUAAAUUUACAAUUCGCUACCACAUAAGUCUCAUUUUAAAAGGCAUGUGGGAUAGUCCAGUACACAGACAAGCUAUAGUAAAUGAGUCCAGGUCUGGGAAACAAUUUGUAAAAUUUGUAAAUAUGUUAAUGAAUGAUACUACCUUUCUUUUGGAUGAGAGCCUUGAAUCACUAAAGAGAAUUCAUGAGGUUCAGGAGCUUAUGGCAGAUACAACAGCAUGGGCAGCUCUGCCGUCAGAUCAGCAACAAUCUCGUCAGCGGCAACUAACAGCUGAUGAACGACAGUGCAGGUCAUAUUUGACCUUGGCUAAAGAAACUGUGGACAUGUUUCAUUAUUUGACAGCAGAUAUCAAAGAACCUUUUCUACGACCGGAACUUGUAGACCGACUGUCUGCUAUGCUCAACUUCAAUUUACAACAACUUUGUGGUCCUAAGUGUAAGAAUUUAAAAGUGAGAACUCCUGAGAAAUAUGGGUGGGAGCCACGACGGCUUCUUAGCCAACUAGCCGACAUCUACCUGCACCUAGACUGUGAAGAGUUUGCUGCUGCCCUGGCGGGAGAUGAGCGAUCAUUCAAGAAGGAGCUGUUUGAGGAUGCUGCCAAUCGGAUGGAGCGGGCCCUGAUCAAGACACCCUCCGAAAUUGACAAGUUUCGUAGCUUAGCCGAGAAAGCCAGUGAAAUUGCCAUUCAAAACAUUAAGCAGGAAGUUGACUACAGUGAUGCUCCUGAUGAAUUUAGAGAUCCUUUGAUGGACACUCUGAUGGAAGACCCUGUAACGUUACCUUCUGGAAAAGUAAUGGAUCGCCCUGUGAUAAUGAGACAUCUUCUCAACUCUUCCACUGACCCAUUCAGCAGGCAGCCCUUGUCAGAAGAUAUGCUACAACCAGCUGUGGAAUUGCGCGAACGCAUAUUGGCAUGGAAGCGAGAGAAGAAGAAAGGAGCAUCUGCGUAAAUGGAACAUGAGUGCUUACAACAUACACAUGUGCCUCAAGGUAGGGCAAGUGUAUGAAGUCAACAGUGCGAGCAGUUGAACUGAAUUGCUGCUUUCUGAUCUAAGAAGUAUCGUGCAGCUAACAUUGGUGUGUUGGUACUGUCCUCACCAUUUCAAAAAACUGUUUAUCAUUUGGUGAACUAAAUUUUUUUAAGAAAGAAGAAACUUAUGCAUGUUUAUUUCCAAGAUCGUUUUAUUGUCAUAAUGUAGUGGUUCCAAUUUCAUAAGGUCCAUUAUUUGCUCAUGUCUGUAUCUUGUUUGUACAGAUAUUUUUAAUGUUAAAAUUGUGUGCAAUUUUAUGUAUCACGUGGGGGAACCCAUUGUGAUUCAGUUUCUCUUCAGAAUUUUACAUUUUAAUUCUAAUUUGAAUGAACUAUUGUGUGUAUUUCGACACAAACAUACUUUUUGUAAUGAAAAUAUUCUAAAUAUGAAUAAUCUCAAUUAUGUUGAGAAUGUGAUAAGUUUUGUUGAAUACUAAGGCAUGUUUACUUACUUGUUUAAGAACUAAAAACUUCAUUUUAGUUUAAUCUAUUUCAAAUUGACAUUCUGAAGGGAGACUGAAAAUUCACACUGGAUUUGGAAACCCACAGUGAUAGGUCUGUUUUGUCUUUAUAAACGCAGUUCCUACAUGUGCUCGGAACAAGGGGACAGCUUUAUGCAAGGUUUUCUUGCCCCUUAGAGAUGCAUAGGAACAGAGCUUGUGUAAUGAGAACAAAUUGUGUGAAUGUUGAAAUAAUCUGUACUACCGUACAGUACUACUCAGUGGUUUCCCAAAUCAAAUUUCCUUCCAGCCAGUGGAUUAUUCUUUAACCAAAGAUUGGAUCAGUAUAUUAUCAAUACAUUUAGCAAUUGAUAUAAAAUUUAGAUAAUAUUGCAUUUUUCUCUUAUCUGUUUUUUUUUAAACAAUAAUUGUUUGAAUGAAACACUAAACUUUAUAUUUUUGUAUUUAUGAUGCCUUAGGUGUUGAGAAUGUUUUUACAUUUGACUGAUUCAACCAAUUUCAUGUUUUCAAUUGUGGAAGGGAAUCCAUUCAUCAUUGAAGAAAUCAAUGCUUAAUACAUUUUCCAGCAACAAACUCAUGGCAGAACCAUGUUUCUUUUCAUUUUUUCUUUUGGCAUCAAAUACUGGAAAAGAACUAACUGAAAAAUAGUUUGCAAUGAUUUCAGUGGUUUGCUUGUUUCUUACGACAUCCUAAUUAGAAAGGGGCAUUUAUAAGGGUUUUGGAAAAAAGCCAAUCUUAUAUAAUUGCUAAGUAUACUGAUAACUUUCUUGGUCUAUUUCAAGAAGCCAGAUUACUAUUUUACAUGCAUUUUAAUAUGCUAAAAGCUAAAUUUACUUGAACAAUCCUGCCUAUUGGUAUUAUAAUUCAGUUGACUUUUUUUGCAUACUGUAAAAUCUCUUAUAAGGUUAGUGGACAUAUUUUACAACAGAGGUUUCAGUAUUCAUUAAGGAGAUGUACCAGCUACUUUUCAUACAAUAAACUUCUGGUGCUUUGGGAACCAUUGGUUUUGGAAAGUUGAAUAUAUUAGACUUUGAUACUACUUGUUAUCUUAGCAGUUGAUUAACUGCAGAGGACUAGCAUAUCGUGAAAACAACGAUGUGCUUGGGUCAGACAAGAUGGCAGGUGCUAUUUUGUGUUCUUUUUGUUAUAUUUUCAAACUGCAGUUCAAAGACCUAGAUGAUAUUACUUGAAAAUGAUAAAAUGAAGAUGACUGCAAUGGCAAGAGUUCAAUAAGACACUUGAAGAAAAAAAAAUGAAUGUUGAGAUAAUUUCACUAUAAACCUGAGGCUUGAUUAUUGAGUUUUGCAGUUGAAGGGCUAUAUUCUUGCAUAACCAAGAGUAUUUGAUUUUUAAGUGCUCUUUUGUGUUAGAAGCAAAUGUGUGAGUAUAACUUUUGAGUGUCAGAAAUUGCUUUUGGACUGCUUGAUUAAGGUAUUUCCAGAACACUAGAAUUUAGAAACAGUGACUGGACUUCGUGUGUCAGUAUUGUAGAAAGAAAAAAUGAUUUUUGUGAGUGAUAAUUGUUGGUUCCAUGUGAAUGUGUGUUUGUUUCAUUGCUAUCAAGAGGACCGUUGAGCAUAAAAGGUGUUAGGUUGAGUUAUUAUUAGUUUUAUACAAAUGCAUGAAAGUUCUUCAGUAUCAGAAAUUACAUGCUUAACGUGAACAUCAAGAACACACACUAUUUGUUGGUGACCACUGUAUUCCAUCUUUUUGUGAGUUAAAGCUUGAAGAAACUUCAGCCACUCAGAGUUUUAAGAGGCAAUAAGUGUAUAAUUUUAUAUUUAGUUUAUAAGUAAGUUUAGUGCACAUCCUUUUAAGUUCUCUUCAAAUGAAGUUGUAAUAAAAUAUAUAGUUACAUAUGAGAUAAUUUUAAUGCAAAAAAAAUUAUAAAAAUUGUUAAUAGCAAUAUUUUGAGUAAGUUUUCUUUUAUGUGAAGAUCAUAGUGCACAUAUUGGCCAACUUAUGGAUCAAAAGAACAACUUGGAUAAUAUCUUAAACAACAAAAUUUAUGUGUACUUGCUUGUUGGGAAUGUACCACAGAAUAUUGAAUGUAUCGUAUGUAGCAAAUAUCUUAAAUGAUUUUGUAAAUUUCAGUUUGUAUAUACAUAGAGAGAAUGUUAUUGUACCAUUUCAUUUAAAUAUGCUUUGUUCUUUUGUAUAUUUGUUUUCAUUGAUAAGUUUGACAAAACUUCAAAUCGAUAAGUAUACAUUUACAUGCAGGGUUAAAUUGGAUUUUUGGAUAUUCCUAAAGCAAACUUCUACAUUUUAAUACUUAGUAUCUCACAGUUCAUGUUAAUUCAUUAUUGGGACAAGUUUAAAAUAAUUUGAUGGUGUGUUUGUUGUCAGGGAAACUUAAUUAUUUUUCCUUCCCCCUCUCAGGAUUUUAAAAAUGCAUAUCAUGCAUGAAAACCUCCCAGAUUGUUCACAAUAAGUACAGUAAUAGAAUGUGCAGCUUUGUGAUCUAGAAAAAAAAAAAGUGACUGAUCAGCCUCGAGUUCUUGGCUGUGGGAAGUUUUUUUAUUCUUAAAAGAUCUUCUAUUCAUGUGAUGUAUGAUUGCUGUACAAGAUUUUUUUUAUAAAUGUUUUCAAAAUGAAAUUUUCUUCUUGUCUUUUGUUCCCUGAAAAUUUAAUAAAAAAAUAUAUAGAAAAUAAAAUAUUUUAGAAAGGUGUGGGUUCACAAAACAUUCUUAUAAAAAAAUUUUUACUAGAUGUCAGACAUUAUUUACAUGAAUAAUCACCUGUUAGUUUAAAUAAACUUAUAAAUUAUAUAUAGAAUAUUUGUCAUACAAAUGAAAUCCAUUACCUACAUUUAUAUCAAUCAAUAUGCCGCCUUAUAUCCAUGGAUGAAAAAUUUAAGUACUAGGGACACCUAAAAAUUGACUUUCAGAAUUUGUGCACUCCCCCCACCCCCCUCACACACAACAGAACAGGCUGUAGAGCCAAAACUUGGUUCUAUGCUUUAGAUAAGCAGUAUUUCUUGAGUUAUAAUUGUUUUAGGUGUCAUCACAACCAAAGCAUAUAUACACUUGAACCAACAUACAAUUCACAAACAAGCACUUUUUAUAUAACUAGUUAAUAAGAUGUAUUUCUAAUUUUACAUUCAGACUGUAAGCAUAUACCAAACACUCAAUUACGAGAUGUGGCAUUUUCACAAAUAUAAAAUAAAAGAAAAAAAGGUCAAACCUCGAAUUAAGAUUCUCUCAAUUUGAGCACAUUUUGUUAUAAAUAUCUGUACUUAUGGGGGAAAAUGUGAUGGUAUCUGAAAAUGGAGACUCACUAGAAUGAAGAAUCACUAGACAAUGAAAGAAUAAAUACUAAGUUUAACAGAAUUCCAUGAGGUAGAAUACUCAGCAAGCUACUAGAUGUAGCCUCAGAAUAGCCUUUAAACACACCAUUGCGCUGCUUAAACAUACUUGACUAUCGCAUUGUUAUUCUAUGGAUAAUGGAAUCCCAAGAACUGCACAACAUGGAUCAGUGUUCUGAUAAAUAUGCCCCCAGUGUUUUUCCAAAAUGGAGAUUAGAACAUUACAUAAAGAUGAGCACUUGGCACUGACAAACUUCAUCUGGCAAGUGUAUGUCAAUGUCAAAGAGAUUGUCAAUACUAUUCACGUUCUCACAACAGAUACCAGAUCCAAUAAUUUUCAAAAAAUGCAAAAUCUUAAAAAAUGAAAAAAAAUAUCCAGUCAUCUUGAAUUACACACUUAAAUACUGCAAUGACUACUAAUUUCCUCUUCAGAUUUUUUGAUAUAAAUCAAUUUAAAUUCUCAGAUUAUAUUUUUUUUUAGAAAUGAGCCAGAAGACAAUCAAAUCAACACUUCAAAAUAAGCCGAAUACCACAAGUGAAACAAAUAGGUGAUAAAAAGAUAAUUUUUAUUUUCAUUGUAUUUCUUGGCCAGUACGAUGUGUUCUUCCAAGCACUAUUUCAUGAUUAUUCAUCAAAACCUGUAAGCCUACCUGUGUAAAUUAAUACUUUCCAACACAAAAUCUUCUUUCAAAUAUUUCAAGUAUUGGAAACUAAUUUGCAAAACUUACAACAUACUAAACUCCAAUAUCACAAUACUCGACAGGUUAUCUUAGCAUUUGGAUUCAGAAAUCAGGAAUGGGGAGCACUAAAGCAGUUGGAAAGCAUUAAGAUCUGUACAAUUUAUAUUAAUUAUUGUCAAAACACAUUGUUACAUGUGAGUAUUAUGCUAAUGUCAGGCUGCCCGGCAGCCUCCUCCUCCUCCUCUUCUUCUUCUUCUUCUUUGCUGCCAUAUAGUAUCGUCACAAAGCACUGAAAAAUACUAGUGUUUGAGCUAUUUUGCUUUCUUCAUCUUGUUUUACAAGGCUUUGAAAAACGGUUCAGGUAUUCUUCUCUGGCAGCCAAUUAGGGCAGAAAUGGUAGUUGGUGAACGUUUGUCAAGCUGCAAGCCAAAACAUAGAGAAAUCCGAAGAAAAGAUUCAGUUUUGCAGUCUGGCGUGGCACUUUUUGAAUGGUCUGUGGGCAUCGAAAACGUUUUUCAAUACGAAAAGCUUCUGGCAGUGUUAUGAGUGGUAAGAGAAACCAAACAGAAUGUCUGAGACCGAACACCACAAACAAAAUGUAUGGAGUAAAUAACAGGAAAGCAUAAAGAACACGUGAGGCUGUGUGACCAACAAGAAUAGCUAAUGUCACAAUUCCUUUUUGUCGAUCAACUUCAAGAUCUCUUGUAUUGUUGCUGUGGAGAAUAGCCUCAGUAUUGAGAGCAAGAGGAAUUGCAUAAUAAAUAGUUGCCCAUUCAACAUAACCAGUUUGUGCCAUGAAAGCAAACAAAACAGAAAUUGGUCCAAAUAUAAUAAGAAUCAACACAUCACCUAACGCAAUAUAUUUUAAGCCUAUACCUCCGGUAUACAAGAAUGAACUAGACAGACCUCCGAAGUACACCAGAGCUAAAUGUUCCAUUUUAGCUGGAGAUAUGGCAACAAGAAGAAUAAAUCCCACACACCCAGCUGCAUACAACAUUGCACCAAGGGUGACAACUUCAUCUUUAGAGAGAAUAUGAUCAACCAACGUACGGUCUUCACUCAACCUUCCAUCAAUACCUUUUGUAUAGUCAAAAUACGUAUUGACCAAAUUUCCUGCCCCAUGCACUGAUACAACCGUAAAUGAUGUAAGAAUAACAGUAAGCCAAUUAAAGUCACUAUGACCAUACUUGUAGGCAAUUGCACACCCAAGAAGUGUUGGCAUAAGAGAAGCACUCAGUGACCAAGGUCGUAAAGCUAACACAUAUGAAGACAAUUUCAUUAACGGUGGCUUGCUCGCAUCUGAUGAUCCUCGCACAUUAUUUGCUUCUCCGUUUCCCAUUUCAAAAAACCUCUGAAAACGCUUUGAAAACGAUUUGAUAAUAAAGAUACAGUCCACCAGAGAGGUUAGAAUUUCAUCGCCGAAAUAUAUCUCCAAUAAUUUCGAAGGGUUCAACUAAUAAACUAGACUUUUCUUGAGAUAAUCAGUUGUGGAGGUAUAAAAGUAACAAUUACAUGUUCCGACAAUCCAUGCCUUUAAAACACAUUUUUCAUUGCAACGUCUAUUUGUGUUUGCGCGAAACGCUGGUGACGUGUUUCUUCACCAACAAAUGACGGUCUGUAUUCAUGUUAGUCAAAAUAUUAACUCGAACUUCAGAAUAACUCAUAUUCUUAUUUAAAAUAUCGGUUAUUCAUAUAUCAUUUUGUUCCUUAAUAAUAGCACGGGUUUAUAAACGACUGAUUACAAUAAAGCCAGAAAUUCACUCUUGGAGAGAUCCGAAAGAUCUCUCUGGCCUGUUCUAGAUUCGUCGCCAUUUUCCAGACUUCCAGAAAAUACAUUGUAGAAGUCGCACAAGUGUAGAGUGCUAGGCUAGCGCAGUUGAAGAUUGUCGAGGAAGUGAAGAACUUGUUUAUACAUUGUGCCAACGAUUUUUUAACGUUUAUUACUCAUAAGAGUAAAUUUGUCGUUAAUAUAAUCAUUAGAAUAUGUCUCUCUUUGGUUCGCUCAUGGGCGAUUUUGAAGAAGACCCUUUCUUUGGGGCUCACAUGCGCACAAUGCGCCAGAUGAACAACAUGAUGAACUCGAUGUUUGCUGAUCCUUUUGGGUUCAUGGACAGUAUGGGGCCUCCUGCACUGACAGGCCCACACUCUCGGGCUUUGGCUCCAAUGGGUGGACGACGCCCAGGAGGUGACCUCAUGCCCUUUGGUUUCAUGAACAUGAAUCGUCUUUUCCCAGAUUUUGAUCAGCUGGGCAAUGAUCCAAAUUGUCAUUCGUUCAGCAGCAGCACAGUUAUGACCAUGACAAGUGGACCCGAUGGCAGACCUCAGGUUUAUCAAGCAUCAUCAUCCACAAGAACUGCUCCAGGAGGUGUUAAGGAAGUGAAAAAGACUGUGUGUGAUUCUCGCACAGGUGUGAAGAAAAUGGCGAUUGGCCACCACAUAGGUGAACGUGGUCAUGUCCUAGAACGUGAACAGAACUUGCACUCUGGUGAUAGGGAAGAGCGACAAGAAUUCAUUAAUUUGGAUGAAGAGGAAGCAGUGGACUUCAAUAAAGAAUUUGAAGAGAAGACAAGGCGAUCUGCAGGAGCAAUUUCCUACAAUGUGGGCUCUCGUCACGCACCUGGCCAGCGCCGCGAACGUGAGACAAUGCGAGCAUUGCCCCCUGCCACCAACACUUCAAGCUCCCGGGUUCGAUCACGAGGUAAUAUUGAACACAGACGCAGAAACUACCCCUCUUUGCCUGCUCCUAGGUAUGCCAAGAAAUAUUGAUAAGAUUUGCUAAAUGCCAGGGCUGAUUGGGAACAAUGAAUUCAUCUGUAAGUGAUUCUACUCUUUCUGAUGCUUCAACUGUGGUCCUCCCUGCAAGUCCUAGCCACACUAUGGGUGGUCAGGAGAGAGCCAGAAAGCGUGGACACGAGCCAGAGGGAGAACAGAGCCACAAAGCUCUGAAGCCAGAUCAUGAAACUCAAAUGUGAAGGAAACGCACUAGUUCCCUUGAUCAACUUUUUAACAUGAAUGUUUCCUUUUAGUUUUCAACUCUUAGUUCUUUUAAGACUACGCACUUCCUAUGAAACUUCAAUCUCUUCUAACUUCAGCAUUGAUGUAUAUUGAGAUUCAUAAUCUUGGCAUGAAUAAGAGUUUAUCAGGUAUUUUUGAUUGGAUGUAAUGAACAUGCAAGAAAUUGUUUCAGAUGUGUGAAAACCAUUUUCAAGUGUUCUCAUUCUUGUUGUUUUGUUUAUUUUAAGAAUCAUACUAUUUUAAGUUUUUGUAUUAUUUAUAAGCUUCAGAUAUUUAAUUUGUGUACUCGUUUCAUGUAUAGACUCCAGCCAGUUUCUUAUUUUGUUCUGUUACUUGUAAUGUGAAGUAGCUGAUAGUAGUUGUUUUAGUUGUAAUAGCUAAAUAGAAACUUAAAGAUUGUGAAUUGUGGAAUAUGAACAAGUGGCCAAUACAUGAAGUUGCAGCUAGAAAGGAUCUAUAGACACACUAUUUCAAGCAAUGUAAUGUAUGUAUGUAAUGCCUAAUUGAAAGAAGAAAUGUAAGACUAUGUUAGAUUAAGGUAUUUAAGUCAAAGUCUGUUUCAUAAUGCAUAUUUGCAAAAUGAAAACUAUUGAUAGGAAAAUUGGAAAAAUUGAUAUGUUUGGAAUUAGUGGGAUGUAGGACGUUCUUUGUACUACUGUUUACUCAUUAGCAGUAUAGGAAUCACUGUGUAUUAUAUAAAUUGAAGUACAAAAAUAAAAUAUUGAUAAUUGAAAAGGUUUUUUUGUUGAUUCAUUUACCAAGUCAGAUUUCAUGACCUUGCCAAAGUAGGAUGAUCAAAGUUAACUUGAAAACUUCAGCAAAUAGCUAGUGGUUCUUUAGAAUGCCACAACCUUUUUUGUACUAAGUUAUAUUGACUUUCUCUUCUUACUUCGUAAGAAGAGAAAAUCAUGUAAUUGUGCACCUUAAAACUGGGAAUUUUCAGCAGAAAAACUAGUUUGCCGGGCUCCGCUAACAAAAUUGUGGAUAAAUGCUAUUGGUAUACGUAGUAAAUUACUUCUAACAUCUGAAUCAUCAGACCACCGACCAUCAGAUGGGGACGAUGAUUCUGCAGUGACGGCAGCUAAUUCUUGCUAAAUAUCUUUGAUAUGUGGUCUCUUUUCUUUUCUCACUCACCUGUCGGGCGGUCUUACCCAGUAGAGCGGCCAAAUUCUCGUUUGACGUCUCUGGUUUGACGUGCUCGAGGCACAUCAGCCUUACUACUACACUGUGCCUUGGCAGCUCAAGCCCUAUUAGCUGCGUCUGGAUGAGCAUGGCGCAAAUGUGAGACCCCUGAUUUGGUUGCGAAGUUGCUAACAUGGGGGUCUGAUAUCGCCCUGGGUCUCGGUGGUGUAGGCGGUGCUA